GCAGAAAAAUCUAGUUUACAUGGAAAUUGUUUACAUCCACUUGAUAAUAUAACAAUAAAACAAUAACAACAAGCCUACCCUUACCAAACCUUGCUACCUUCUGUGACACACUACAGUGCAUCCAAUAGCACCGCAAUUUCCUCAACGCCCCCCCCAGUGUCCCCAGUGCCCCCAGUGUCCUCACUCGAUACGGAAAGAGAAACAGUGCAUAUCAGCGCGAUCGCCUUAUACUCACAUACACACCCCCAACAUUCUAAAUUCUACUUCCUACCCUUGCAUUCACAACCAUAACCCACUUGACAUCUCUCCUUUUCAUGAACCCUUUUCGCAAUUCUUGUCAAUUACGGCGCUCCUUUCCCUCCUCCAAAACACUCACCAAGUGUCAUUCGCGUCUAGCAAUCAACUUAUAUACUGCCGCGCCGCGUGUGAACGCGCCGUGUGCCACUAAACAUCCAUCAUGGAUUCCGAUAUGGCAGAGUCGGUCUUUGAUGACUUCGAAAACGAGUCAGAUGAUGGCUUCGUCCCCGAGGUGAAGUCUAAGGCUAAAGCUCCCACCAAGAAGGCUGCCGCCGCGAAACCAGCUGCGAAGCCUAAAGCUGCAUCCAAGAAGACGGUUCAGACAACACUUAAGGGUAGCAAGGCUGCCCCUAAGAAGCGCUCUAAGCCUGAUAGCGACAAUGAUGAUGACGAUGUUUCGGGCUUUUCCAACACGCCUCCCAAUGCUAAGAAACAGAAGAAGGCCCCCGCGGCUAAAAAGUCCAGUGGCCCACCUUUGGGCGAGAUCGAGAAUGAUAGUAUGAUGAUCGAUGAUGAAGAAGAAGACGUGAAGCCCACCAAGAAGAAGACGGCCACGGAGAUGUACCAGAAGUUGACACAGCUGGAACAUAUCAUCAAGCGACCUGAUACAUACAUUGGUUCCGUCGAGCGCACUGAGCAGCAGAUGUGGGUCUUCAACAAGGAAACUACUCAAAUGGAACUUCGACCAAAGGUCGGGUUUGUGCCUGGUCUCUACAAAAUCUUCGAUGAAAUUCUUGUCAACGCUGCAGACAACAAACAGCGAGACAAGACGAUGACGACCAUGAAGGUGAACAUAGACCGUGCAGAAGGCCGCAUCACAGUCGAGAACAACGGCAAAGGUAUUCCAGUGGAGAUGCACGAUAAGGAGAAGGUAUACAUUCCGGAAAUGGUUUUCGGUCAUCUCCUUGCUGGUUCCAACUUCGACGAUGAGGAGAAGAAAACUGUCGGUGGUCGUAACGGUUAUGGUGCUAAGCUUUGCAACGUUUUCAGUACUGAGUUCACCCUAGAGUGUCAGGACUCGAAGAACGGGAAGAGAUACAAGCAGACGUGGAGAGACAACAUGGGAAAGAUGGAAAAGGCCAAGAUCACCAGCAGCAAAACCAGUGAUUUUGUUCGUGUCAGCUUCAAACCAGACUGGGAUAGGUUCGGUAUGCCGGACGGCAUUGAUGAUGACCUCGAGUCAUUGCUCUACCGCCGAGUUUACGAUAUGGCCGGUACGGUUCGUGGCGUCAAGGUCUAUCUCAACGACAACCUCAUCAAGCUAGACUUCAAGAAGUAUUGCGAGAUGUAUGCCAAAGCCAUCGCUAGUGAACGAGGGGCCGAGGAGGGCUCUGAACCUUCAGCUACUGUUAUUCUUGAGGACAGUAAAGGUCAUCCUAUGUGGGAGGUUGCAUUCGCUGUCUCGGAUGGCUCCUUUCAGCAAGUUUCAUUCGUGAAUUCUAUUGCUACUACGACAGGCGGCACUCACGUCAACUACAUUUCCGACCAAAUCUGCGACUCUCUUUUGAAGACAUUGAAUAAAAAGAAGAAGGGGCAUUCGCUCAAGGCCAACCACAUCCGUAACCACAUCUUCAUCUUCAUCAAUUGCUUGAUCACCAACCCAGCAUUCACUUCCCAAACCAAGGAGCAGAUGACGACCAAAGUUAGCCAGUUUGGGAGCAAAUGUGCGCUGAGUGAGCUCUUCCUCAAAAAGAUUGGCCAAACGGAUGCGAUCAAUAACAUCAUCCAAUUUGCGGAGGCGAAGGCGGACAAGAUGCUUGCAAAGAGUGAUGGUAAUAAGCGAUCGCGAAUCAGCAACGCCAAACUCGUCGAUGCCAAUUUGGCAGGUACCAAGCAUGGCCAUGAAUGUACUCUCAUCUUGACCGAAGGUGAUUCUGCCAAGAGUUUGGCUGUUGCUGGUCGUGCUAUCCUAGAUCCUGAUCGUAUUGGUGUCUUCCCUCUUCGAGGAAAGAUGCUUAACGUCCGUGACGCUUCAAUUGAUCAAAUCACGAAGAAUUCAGAAAUCCAGAAUAUCAAGCAAUUCCUCGGCUUAAAGCACAAGCAAGUCUAUACCGAUGCGAAAGCUCUUCGUUACGGGCAUUUAAUGAUCAUGGCCGAUCAAGAUCACGAUGGUAGUCAUAUCAAGGGUCUUCUAAUCAACUUCCUUCAAGUCCAGUACCCUUCACUCUUGAAGAUUCCAGACUUCUUUCAAGAAUUUAUCACGCCUAUUGUCAAGGUUUGGCAAGGACCAAAUCCUAAAAAGCCUUUGAAGCUGAAGUCAUUCUUCACCCAGCCCCAGUAUGAGGAAUGGAAAGAAUCGCAUAAGGCUGAAUUGAGACGGUGGGAGUCAAAGUACUACAAGGGUCUGGGUACCAGCUCCAAUGAGGACGCCCAAGUAUACUUCAAUGAUCUUGACAACCACUUGAAACAGUUCAGUACCAUGCGGCCUGAGGAAGCUGAUCUGUUUGAGCUCGCUUUCUCCAAGAAAAAGGCAGAUGCCCGUAAAGAAUGGCUCGGUAGUUUCGUUCCGGGAACUUAUCUUGACCAUUCCACGAAACUGGUCACGUACGACGAUUUCGUCAACAAGGAGUUGAUUCUAUUCAGUAUGGCCGACAACAUGCGAUCCAUUCCCUCUGUUGUUGAUGGCCUGAAACCUGGUCAACGGAAAGUCAUUUAUGCUUGUCUCAAGCGAAACUUGACCAAGGAUAAAAAGGUCAUUGAAUUGGCUGGUUAUGUGUCUGAACAAACAGCCUACCAUCACGGCGAAGUAUCUCUGCAACAGACUAUCAUCGGCUUGGCACAGAACUUUGUCGGUUCCAACAAUGUCAACUGUCUCGAGCCUAGCGGAAAUUUCGGUUCUCGACUUGCAGGAGGUUCAGAUUCUGCCAGUGCUCGUUAUAUUCAUACGCGCCUGUCUCCAUUUGCUCGACGUGUCUUCUCCCCUCUAGACGAGCCCAACCUAGAAUACCAGAUGGACGAUGGGAAAAGGAUUGAGCCAAAAGUUUAUGCUCCUGUCAUCCCCAUGAUUCUUGUGAAUGGUGCGGAUGGUAUCGGCACAGGCUGGAGCACAUCGAUUCCGAAUUACCAUCCAAUGGACAUUAUCAGAAACUUGAGGCGGCGCAUGGGACGUAUAGAUGGCGAUGACGAGAAACCUUUUGAAACGAUGACCCCUUGGUUCAGAGGCUGGAAGGGUACUGCUGAAGUUGCCGAUAACAACCGUUACCAAUUUAAUGGUAUUGUUCACCAGGACGAGAAGAGGCCGAAUGAAGUGGUUAUCACGGAGUUGCCUAUCCGUAUGUGGACCGAUGACUUCAAAGCGAAACUCGAAGAAAUUAUCAAGGGCGAGAAAACACCAUCCUUCAUCAAGGACUACAAGGAAUUCAACGACCACAAGAAUGUCCACUUCGAGAUUCAGAUGGAUGAAAAACACAUGGAUCAAGCUUUACGAGAAGGUCUCCUUGAGAAAUUCAAGUUGGUCAAGCAAGUCGCUACUUCUAAUCUAGUUGCAUUUGACACGCGAGGAAUGAUCCGCAAGUAUGAAAAGGUUGAAGAUAUUCUAGAGGAAUUCUACAACUACCGAUUGCAUAUGUACGCCGAACGCAAGAGCCACUGGCUUGGAGUGUAUGAUGCAGACUACAGGAAGCUGCAGAACCAAGCUCGAUUCAUACGGGAGAUCAUGGAUGGCAAGCUCGUGGUAUCUCGCAAGAAGAAGCAAAUCAUCGUUGCGGAACUUCGCGACAAAAAGUAUGAGGCUUUCCCGAAGGGCCAAGAUGCCAAGAAAACUAAGUCAGAGGACGACGAAGAGGGCAAUGCGGAGGAAGGUAACGAAGAUUUAGAGACAGAUACCGCCGCAAAUGACUACGACUAUCUCCUUUCUAUGCCCAUCUGGUCGCUUACUCAAGAGCGCCUAGACCGUCUGAAGGAUCAGAUUCUCAAGAAGAAGGCCGAACGGGAUGCCCUCGAUAUACUCAGCGAGAAGGAUCUUUGGUGCAAGGACCUUGACGACUUCGAAGCUGAGUGGGAGAACCAGCUACGCCUUGAUGCCGAGAUCACAACAGGCAUCCGUCGGAUGGGUCGCCGUACGUCAAAGAAGAUCGGUGCUGGGCGUGGCCGCAAAGCGAAGGGUGACGAUGACUGGGCUCCACCCCCCAAGUCAAGAGCGGCCCCCAAAGCAGCGGCUAAACCUAAGGAGCCGCCCAAGGAAAAGUCUGUCCAACGUUUUGCUGCCAUGUUCAACGCAGGAACUAAGAAGGAAACUACGAGUGCGGAUGGAGCAGCAGACUCAGACUCGGAUCCAUUCUCUGACGGCGACUUCGCUAAGUUGAAGAAUCCCGUUAAGAAGGAGGCAGUAGAGAAGCCCGUUGACGACGAUUCGGAUGUAGAAAUUCUACCAAACCCUCGCGCUAAACGCGCCGCGGCUACUAAGGCCAAGAGGCUGGUGAUCGACGACGACGAAUCAGAAAGUGAUGACGACAAAAUGCUUGGUGAUGUUGGCGACUUAGUCAAGGGUAUUGCGAAAAACAGUAACAGCAGUACCUCGGAGAAUAAGACUGGUCGGCUUAGUUUGUUUUCCAUGUCACGACCAGAGAGCAGCAGCGGCAAUAGCACCAGUCUAAAGGUCAAGAGCAAGGCUUCAAGAAUAUUGGACUCGGACGAUCAUGAUGAUACCAAUUACGAGAUGUUGGCUAAGCCUUCGCCCCACAAGACCGCUCGUAGAGAUGAACUGGAUAGUUUCCUAUCAGACGAUGAUCUACCUCCAGUCACAAAAAUGACGAGCAGGGCGAAGCCUUCCGCUUCAACUGAAGAAUCCAAAUCGAAGUCUGCUGCUUCUGGUGGGGCAGCAGUCAAGAAAGCUCGCGGCCGGCCUGCUGCAGCUGCAACCAAGAGUAGUGCACCUGCAAAGAAGGCGGGGGCAUCCAAGGCCGUGCAUCUGUCGCCAGCAGCCAAAGCCUACGCUGCAAAGAAGGAGAAGGCGAAGUCCAAGAAGGACGUCUUUGACAUGGAUGAUGAUGAAGAUGACGACCUCGAGUUAGCCGAGCCUGAUUCUCCUCCCCCGCGACCUGCUGCUCGCGGCAGACCAGGUCGUGCCGCUGCCAUGAAGUCGAAGCCAGUCUACACCAUUGAGGAUGAUGACGAUGAGGAGGAGGAAGAAGACAGUGUGCAAUUGCCCAAUGAUGAUGAUGAUGAGAGCGAUGACUUUGCUAUGGAUGAUAGCGAGUAGCCAUAGUCAUGGACCUCGAUCAAUGUCGAGAAAAUUACUACGCAACUGCUACUUGCAUCAGGAAACAUGAUGCUGGGUGCUUACGUCUUCUUUUAACGAGUAACGAAAUGGUUAUUUGGGCCUCAUUCCCAAUUCGGAAUCAGGGCAGCUGAUGGUAUUCUAUGCCUAGAUAUCUUGAUGAGUGCAAUCAGACGAAAAGGGGUUGUCAAUGGGGUGAGGCUGUGAGGUGGUGGGAGCUCAUGAGUAACCACGGGGCGUUGAUGGUGGUGAUGGUGGUGAUUUUGUACUUUUAGGCUUCGCCUCUCCUAGUAUUGUUCAUGUGUGCCUAGGAUAUAUACCAAGCAAGUUGAGUCUAUCAAGUUCGCAGAGUGAAAUGUUUGUGUGGCCUGGGAAUGAGUAGUCUUUGUUUCCCGCAAACCCCGACCUAGCUCUAUUGAUAUGUAAUGAAGCAGGAGACGGCGUUUAUAAAGUUGAAGUAACA